GUAGUAUGUGUAACUGAAACGCAUAGGAAUAAAAUAUUGGGAAAUCCGAAAUCAAACUCAAACGAACCAACUUUGGUUUGGUUUCACACUUUGAGAUUUCACGACUCGUUCUCCGGUCCGAUCGCUCCCUUUUUCUCUAACCCAAUAGCAAUCAACAAUAAUCCUCUUUCGUAAUUCAUUAUUUUAUAGAGAAGAGAAACUGAUGAGAGAUGUUGAGCAUUUUGCAUCUGAUGAAAUGCAUUGAGGAUUCUGGAGUGAUUUCUGAGGUUUCUUCCAAAAUUGCUAUUGAAUUGAAUUGAAGGAUUUUAGAACAGGAUUUUGUUUUGUUGGUUUUUGUUUAUGUUGGUUUUGUUUUUUAUUCUGGUGUUGGUUGGUUCUUGUGAACACAAUACACGAGACAAAGGUUGUUUGAUAGAUAUAGCGUUGUGAGGGGUUUCCAAGUUGGGAAUUGCAGCAUCAUGGACCAGCUUCCUGUAGAAGUGAUUGGGAACAUUCUGUCUCACUUGAGGGCUGCACGCGAUGUGGUGAUAGCCUCUGCAACAUGCAGGAAAUGGCGACAAGCGUGCUGCAAACACCUUCAUACCCUCUCCUUCAGCUCCAAAGAUUGGCCCAUUUAUCGAGAUUUGACGACUACCCGUCUCGAGAUUUUGAUCACACAAACCAUUUUUCAGACCUCAGGGUUGCAGGCUCUCUCCAUUUUGAUGGAAGAUGUGGAUGAAUUCUCGGCAUCAACGGUUACUGCUUGGCUCUUGUACACCAGGGAAACUUUGAGGCAAUUGCAUUAUAAUGUCAAGACUAUGCCUAAUGUUAACAUUCUUGAAAUAUGUGGCAGGCACAAGCUGGAAAUACUAGAUCUUGCUCAUAACUCCAUAGUGGGGGUUGAGCCUAAUUAUCAGCGAUUCCCUUGCUUGAAGUCUCUUUCCCUGAGUUAUGUCAGUAUAUCUGCAUUGGAUCUGAAUCUUCUGGUAUAUGCAUGUCCGAAGAUUGAAGCUUUGGAGCUUGUGAAUCCUGAGAUUGCAAUGUCUGAUGCACAGGUGACUGUUGAAUUGAGUAGUUCAACGCUGAAGAGGGUGUAUGUAGAAUCAAUCAGUUUGGACAAGUUUAUAUUGGAGGCUGACGGGCUUGAGACCUUGCACUUGAAAGAUUGUGCUCUUGAGUUCUUUGAACUUGUUGGCAAGGGGGCCUUGAAGCAUUUUAAGAUUGAUGAUGUUAGUGUUAUACAUCUUGAUAUUGGCGACACAGUUGAGGAUCUUGAGACAGUGGAUAUCAGCAACUUCACAAUUAUAUGGCCAAAGUUUUACCAGAUGAUUUCGAGAUCAUCAAACCUGAAGAGGCUUCGCCUUUGGGACGUGAUGUUUGACGACGAGGAUGAGGUUGUGGAUAUGGAAACAAUUGCAACUUGCUUUCCUUAUCUGAGCCAUUUAUCUCUGAGUUAUGAUGUGAGAUAUGGAGUUCUUCACUAUGGUUUACAAGGCUCUUCCUAUCUAGAGAAUGUUCUUGUCUUGGAGCUUGGUUGGACUGUGAUCAAUGAUCUGUUCUCCCAUUGGGUUGAGGGGCUGCUUAAGCGAUGUCCCAAUCUCAAGAAAUUGGUCAUUCAUGGAGUUGUUUCUGAGGCAAAGUCUCAUGAAGAAUGUCAGAUCUUAGCCAGUUUCACCACAGCAAUGGUUGACAUGAUGAGGAGAUACAUACAUGUAGAUCCACAUUUUAAGUAUGAAUAGGAUUUUUGUUAAAUACCUUCAUGCUUUCCAUUAAGUCUAAUUGCGUAGGCAUAUUUGCAGGUAACUCGUUCAAUUCAAAAAGUUUAUACUCAACUUUUAACUUGUUUGAAAUCUUCUGAAAUUUGGGUGACUGACCAACAAAGACAGCUUACGAUAGAGAUUCAAAACUUGGAUCACUUCUUAGUAAACAAAAUGGCCAUGAACUAAUCUGGAAAUUUUACACUUUCAUUUCUGUUCU